AUUUACAAUUUAUGUUUUUAUUGCAGGUUGGCUUGCACCAGAUCCUACGAGUGCGACAUUGGCGACUUGUAAAUAUUGCCGUGUUGUGUUAAAACCCCACAAAAAGGACUUGGUUAGUCACGCUAAAACUGAAAAACAUAAAAAAGCCACAGCCUGGGAAACAUCAGCUAAAUCAUAUAAAUCUAUUUCUGAAGUAUAUAAACCAGCCUUGCCAGAAAGCACAAAAGUUGCCGAGUUGAAAAUCGCUGCCUUUAUCGCCGAGCACUGUUCCUUGUUAACUGUAGAUCAUAUGAUUAGUUUACUCCCUCAAUUAGAUCCUUCAUCAGAUGCUCUAAAAAACCUUAAAAUUCAUCGAACUAAGUGUUCAAUGCUCAUAAAAAAUGUACUUGGUCCAUCGAUGCUCGAAGCUUUAGUUGAAGAUAUAGGAGAUUUUCCUUACUCUAUUAUAAUAGAUGAAAGUACUGAUCUUUCGUCACAAAAAGUGUUAUGUAUUAUGAUUCGCUUUCUUUCACACAAGGAAAAGCAAGUUGUUACAACUUUUUACCGAAUAAUACAACUAAUAGAAUGUGAUGCAAAAAGUGUACAUGAGGCAAUUGUUAAUCAACUUAAAGAGGAUGGCAUAAAACUUGAAAAUAUGGUCGGAAUAGGCGUUGAUGGAGCUAACGUAAUGGUUGGAAAACAUAACUCGGUGACUAGUAUUUUUAAAAAAGAACUGCCUGAUUUAAUUAUUGUCAAAUGUGUUUGCCAUUCUUUGCAUUUAUGCGCGGAAAAGGCGGCUGAAUCAUUACCACGCCAAUUAGAAUUUCUUGUAAGGGAAAGCCAUAACUGGUUUUCUUACAGCCCUAAGCGUUUGGAGUAUUACAGAACACUAUACGAAACCAUGAAUAAUAACAAUGACCCGAAAAAAAUUCAAGGACUUAGCGGAACUCGCUGGCUCGCUCGUUACCAUGCUAUCAAAACAAUAUUGGAGCAGUGGGAGGAGUUGAAGCUGCUUUUUUCUAUUGCAAAAUCUGAUGAUAAAUGUUUCAUGGCGGAACAGCUUUAUGAUAUCAUGCGGAGGCAUCCUUUUAAAGCUUUGUUGAUAUUUCUACAAAAUGAAUUAAAACAUGUGAUACAAUUAAACUUACUUUUUCAAACUAACAAUGUUGAACCUAACAAAUUGUUUGAGGAUUUGUUUUUGUUAUAUAAAAAUUUGCUAAAAAGACUUGUUGUGCCUUCACAAUUGGAAAAAUUGGUGGACUCUGAACUGAUAGAAUUUAAUUUCCGUGAACAUCUGAUGCAUACAGCAUCAAUGUAUUUUGGUUUUGACUUUCAUAGCAUAUCACGAGAACUCGAAGAAAAGGAUCUGUUGGAUGUCAGGGAACGAUGCAAAAACUUUUUAUGUUCUCUGGCCGAGCAGAUUCAGAAAAGGCUUCCGGAUAAUUUAUCACUGUUAAAAACAGUUGCCGAUUUGCACCCAAGAGUUGCUACAUCUCAAGUCAAACCCGAUAUAAAACCACUAUUGAAUUACAUUCAGCGAACUCAUGUUUAUGGCAAGAAAAAUGAUAUCGAGUCUGAGUGGUACCAAUUAAGUAAUAAAAUAUGGACGAAUACUUCUUCUUCAGCUGAUUUUUACUUUGAAGUUUAUAACGAUUGUGACGCAGCUGGCUGUAAACGUUUUGAAAAUAUUUCAAAAUUCGGAUUAGCAUUUGCCACUGUUCCGAUUUCAAACGCGAGUGUCGAACGUGCAUUCUCUGUCUAUAAUGUCGUUAAAAAUAAGUUGCGGAAUAGACUAUCUAUUAAAAUGUUGCAAAGCAUCAUGAUGGUCCGAUUUUCAUUAAGUCGAAAUGGUGGAUCUUGUACAACAUUUAAUCCAACCAAUAAAAUGUUAAAUCUAUUUAAUGUAAAUAUGUACGACUUCAAAAAAUCUGAAUCUUCAGAUGAAGAUGAAAUAUUAUAUAAUGUGUUAAAUAACUUACAAUAAUAAAUUAAUUAAUUAAACAAAUAAAAAAACCCGACUGCAUAAAUGAUACAAAAACUGAAAAGAAAAAAACAAGCUCAGUCCAGAAGUGUAGAAAGCAAUUAGAAAACAGUCGGGGCCUAUUAUAAUGAAUAGAAUGAUUUUCGUCUACAUUUUGUAAUAUUUAUUACACACUUUUUAGUUAAGAUAGAUGGUGAAUUUCGGAUUUAUUUGUUACAUUUCUUACAUGUUACAAAGUACGAUAAUGAUGUAUACGUCCAACCGAAGUUAAGUAAAUAUUUUAAAAAAAUCUACGGAACCCUCGGUGGGUGAAUCCGACUCGCACUUGUCCGACUUUUAUAAUCAAUAUAAAAUUUAGUCUAUUUUAGGUGUUCUAAAACUUCACUUCAUAAACCUCGCACCCAUAGUCAUCCGCCUCGCGUAUAUUGUAAGAUAAUUAAUAAAUAACGUUUUUCUUAUUGUAGUUUUUUUUAACAUGGCCAUGAUAUACCAUUUUGAAAUCCUCUCAAAGAGCCCUUGAAUUUGAUACCCAUGUUGCAAUAUUCAAAAAAAAUUUUUUUUUUUCACCUUGAGUCUAUAGCGUCUCACAGUCGUCUUGUUGGUAUUUUUUAAAUUUCACCUAUCUAAGAACACUUGGGUUAUUAAGACUAAUCUAACGAUAUCUUAAUUACGAAAAUCCGUCCAGCGGUUUGGAAGAUAUGAGGUAAUAAAGAAUAUUACAUACAUACAUACAUACAUACAAGAUACGCGCGAAAAACAUAACCCUUCUUGCAGUCGGGUAAAAAUACCAUAUUACAGCAUAUUAUUUCUAAUUCAAAAAGAAUUAAUAUAUUUUUUAGGGGGACAACUCAAUAAUUAUGGCGAUUUUAGGGGUUUUUGACACGAACUUUAGGGGUAAAUAUUUUUGAGAGUUGGUAACACUGCCGCGCGCUCAGCCGACGCGGCGCGGCGGUCGACCUAACGGUAUCUUGCAGGCGGCGGGGCGAUGUGCCUUCACGCGGCGGCCUUUAUUUUAUUAAAUAGCGUACGGCCAUGCGCGGCGCG